AGCUGAUACUCAGCACUCAGUGGUAGAAGAGUAACAAGGCUGGGUCCAGGAUCCUUGUGGCAGGACACCAGUCUGAAAGAUGCUGCAACAUUUUAAGCCAAACUUAAUUUUUCUUUGGACUGCAGACUUUGCUGCUCUGUUGUCUGUAGGCUGUGGUGUGGUAGCCCGGGUGUCCCAAGCUGCAUGUUUUUCAGCUCCACUUGCUCCCCAUGGAGCCCAUUUCACACACAGUUCCACCUAAACUCCUGCUGAGUGCUAUUAUAUACCCCUCUGAUAUAUCAUCUUCACAGUUUUAUGGAAUGUAUAAAAACUUAAAUCUAAGAUGGAUGCAAAAAAGUAGUGUGAUUUUCUAUUGUACUGAAGUAAAAUAGCAAUAAUACUUUGAUAUAAGUAUUAAUUACCAGUUAUUUGUGGCAUCUGGCUACUGAUACUGUACAGAAUGCAUUGCAGUAGUGAAAUGUGGAAGUUAAGGAGGUCCAAAGAAGUCCAAACCCAGCAGAAGCUCUCCCCGAUUUACUCAGUUGUAGACAAACCCCUCUGUUCACACAGUUGUGUAGGAGCUGUUAGAAGUCUGAAAACACAAUCAGAUUGCCAUAAAAAUAACUAUAACAGUCUCAAAACUAUUUCAGAGCCAGUGAUGUUUUUAUUCUCUGAAAGAGUCCUCAUGUAAAAUGUUACACAGGUGUCGUGCUGACCAAGCUUGAUGGAAACAAUACCGGAAAGAGAACCCUCUAAGACAGUUCAGUAGAGUUGAUUGUAACACACUGUGGAGUAGCAGCAGAGUCCUGCUUUGAAAUGAUGUCACUAGUAGAUUUGGGAAAGAAACUUUUAGAAGCUGCACGAGCAGGUCAAGAUGAUGAAGUUCGCAUUUUGAUGGCAAAUGGAGCACCUUUUACCACAGACUGGCUGGGAACAUCUCCUCUUCAUCUAGCAGCACAGUAUGGACACUACUCAACCACGGAGGUGUUGCUGCGAGCAGGUGUGAGUCGGGAUGCCAGAACCAAAGUGGACAGAACUCCAUUACAUAUGGCAGCAUCAGAAGGCCAUGCCAGCAUAGUAGAAGUCUUACUUAAGCAUGGUGCUGAUGUCAAUGCCAAGGACAUGCUCAAAAUGACUGCACUUCACUGGGCUGCUGAGCAUCACCACCAAGAAGUUGUAGAACUCUUGAUAAAGUAUGGAGCAGAUGUUCAUGCUCAGAGUAAAUUUUGCAAAACAGCAUUAGAUAUUGCAGUAGACAACGGGAAUGAAGACAUUGCAGAAAUAUUACAGAUUGCAAUGCAGAACCAAAUCAACACAAACCCAGAGAGUCCGGACACUGUGACGAUACACGCAGCAACACCACAGUUCAUCAUUGGACCUGGAGGGGUGGUGAACCUAACAGGUCUGGUAUCUUCUGCAAUUACAUCCAAUGGAACAGAUGAAACAGGAGUGUCUGCUGUACAGUUUGGAAAUUCAUCAACAUCAGUAUUAGCUACGUUGGCAGCUUUAGCAGAAGCAUCAGCUCCACUGUCUAAUUCUUCAGAAACACCAGUUGUGGCCACAGAAGAAGUUGUGACUGCAGAAUCUGUGGAUGGGGCCAUUCAGCAAGUUGUCAGUUCUGGAGGUCAGCAGGUUAUUACUAUAGUUACAGAUGGCAUUCAGCUGGGUAACCUGCAUUCCAUUCCAACCAGUGGAAUAGGGCAACCCAUCAUUGUGACCAUGCCAGAUGGACAGCAAGUAUUAACAGUCCCAGCAACAGACAUUGCUGAAGAAACUGUGAUAAGUGAAGAACCGCCGAUGAAGAGACAGUGCAUUGAGAUUGUUGAAAAUCGUGUGGAGUCUGCAGAAAUAGAAGAAAGAGAAACUCUUCAGAAACAGCUGGAUGAGGCAAACAGAGAAGCACAAAAAUACCGUCAGCAGCUUCUAAAGAAGGAACAAGAAGCAGAGGCCUAUCGGCAGAAGUUAGAGGCAAUGAACCGCCUCCAGACUAAUAAAGAAGCUGUUUAAUAAAAAAUGAACACACUGCAAAGCCUGUUACUUUCAAAAACCUGCAGUACAAUCUUGAACUGUACACUAUAUAGGUACAGACAUGGGAUUUCAUGAUAGAGAAGAUGCUACAAGUUGAUAACUGGACUUAAGCCGUGAGCUCUGAUUAAUUUCUUGUAACAUAAAAACUCUGAAUUUAGAAAUUGUGAAAAGUAUUUAAAAUGAAAUACUGUAAAUAGUUGGUUUUUUUACAGUUUCAAAAUAAGUUGAUAAAUCUUUUUGAAGGGAUCCAGAAACAUGAAAAGCCAAUGUUUUUGUGAAAUUUUUGAUUUUAGUAUGAAUCUACUUCUGAAAAACAGAACAGUUUUAAGGGUGAUGUUGAUUUAAGCUUGAAAAUUGAUUAUGUGACAAAAUUAAUUAACAGUUAUUUCUACAUGAUAACAACUCAAACAACUUCUCUGAAUAAGACAUUUCCAGGUGGAAAUCUUUGUACAGCUUUAAGUAGUUGUCUCAGAUUCUCUGAAAACCAUUUUUGGUUUUUUUUUAUUUUAGGUGGUGAAAUUUUUAUAUUUAAUUUCAGAUAUAUCCAAGUAGAUUUACAUGUAUAUGAAGCUAAUAUUUUUUAAACUUUUCAGUUUGUACAUAUGCUGCAUGUUUUUAUAAUUUCUACACAUACAUCUUGCAUAGGUAUUUUUCAGCAAAGAUGAGAAAAAUUAUGAGAAAAAUGUUUAGCCUAUAGGUCAUUUGAAGUAAGCUAGCAGCCAGUUUUAUCGUGGAUGGUAUAUUUCUUGGAAGAAUGUAAUUUGUAAUUAAGAAGAACAAAAAAGAAUCUUAAUUUACAUAUUAAGAGGCAAAAUUUGGUAGUGGAGGCAUUGAAACUUCACUUUGUGUGUCUUACAAUUUUCCUGUACAAACAUUUUAAAGUUCAGUAAUGAAUAGAAAAGAAUGUCUCCACUGGAACACAAAUAGUAGUUAUUUUAGAAUAUUCCUAUUGAUCUCUCUUCCCCAAUAGCCUUGAAAUUACUUCAGUGAUACAUUUUUUUCUGAACAGACUUUUGCAUUUUAAUUAUGCAAUUGGACAAGUAAUUUUUUUAUGUUGUAGUGAUGCUCUUCCUACCCAGCAUCAUUGUUCCUCACUGUGAUACUGUGUUUGUGUGUGUCUGUGCAGUGAUCUAUUAUGCUUAAAAUUUAUAUGGCACGUUACAUCUUCAGCGCAUUGUAAAAUCUUUUAAAGAACCCUUUCCUAUACUACCUGAGGCAGGUAAGUGUUAUUGUCUCAAUUUUAUAACUGGUAUAAAUGCAACACAAGGGAGUGGUAAAUGACUGGCUUAACACCACAUGAACCUGUGGUCACCUGGGAAUGGAUCUCAGGAGUUCCUGGCUUCUAGUCCUGUGCUUAGACUGAGCUGCCUUAAGACUGUUCAGUGCUGUGUUACAUUAAAUUUUGAACUACUGUGCAGAUUCGUUUUUUGUAAGAUAAAAUUCUUUGUGCUUUGCUUUGUUGUUCCAUGUUCACUGCUUUUAUGGAAUUGUUUAUAUAAACUUAAGCAAAAAGUCUGGUUUAUCUAUACUGUACACGGAAGAAUUACCCUUAAAACUGUACUCUGGCCUACUUUUUCUAUUUUACAAUUAAAUAUCUUUUCCACAUA